AUGGGCGCCGCCAAGAAAUCUCCUCAGGCGUCAAAUGGCGGGAGGGACAGGGCUCCGGUGCCGGGCUGCGCCCACGGCCCAAGCGCGCGGAGCGUUCCGCAGAAGACGUCGCACAUGGACACGCUGCGUCUCGGUUCCACGCACAACUCGACGACGCCGCUGAAGACAACGCACCAGGAGAAGACGUACACGAUGUACCACACCUACAAUGAAGAGAUAGCAGGCAACGGCCGCUCUAUUCAGCGCGCGCACCUGGUUGUGGCGGUGCUGCUGCUGGUCGCGGUCGUGGGGACGACGACUUGCGCCUUUUUCUUUGCGUCGGUGAAGCACCGCGUCCUUGACUCCGUGGCGCGGCUGGACGAGGAAAUGGCGGCGGCGAAGAAUAUCACCAUGAUGCUGGACCUCGCAGAAACGGCCGCGCAGUGGUCGUUCGCGCUGGACACGAGGCCCUUCUCUGAGGCGUCAGUCAUCACGCCGGAAAUCGCCUUCACCGUCCAAGCCGGAUUCGUCACCGGCGCGAACCUGAUCCUCUCCGCCCUCGAGGUCCUACGCACCACAGACUUUGCGGCAGCGGCCACGUCUCGGUGCAUCGACCCCAACUACACGUCGCAGGGCCGCAAGCAGCCCUGUCCCUUGAAACGCCUGCUUGCGCAGCUGGAGGCGGUCGACGCCAAGUUCAAAGACGCCCUGACGGCCGCCGUCCUUCGAGACAGACUACGCAUCGCGGAUAUCGUCAAUGAAGUCGUCGUGAACCGCCUGCCAUCGAGCUGGAAAGAAGUCUCGGGGCCAAUGUCUUUCGUCUUCUCCACUGCGUCCCGCCACCAGGAGAUCAAAGACGCCGUCGACAGCUACCUCGACACACUCCAACGCCUCACUGCAGAACUCGCUGCCCAACGCGACUGGGCGAGCCUCAUGUGGGCCGCCGGCGCCGUCGCCGCGAUCCUCGCCACCGCGCUCAUCAGCUUCAUCGUUGCCGUCACGGUCUUCUCGAGGAGGCUGCAGCGGGCCUUCGAGGUCUGUCAAGAAGCGUUCUUCGAGUCAGUCGAGGAGUUGCGGAAGAAGAUCGACGAAAUGACUGACUUCGUGCAUGCUUCGUUCGAGUACUGCGUGGCGCCCAACCUGCAUGUGGUCAGCGGCGUCGCCGCGCUCGCGGGCGUCUCUUCGGCCCUCACGCCGUAUCACCAGAAAAUCUUGAAAAUCAUGGAGAAGUGCGUCGUCGACACGGAGGCCGCGACCGUCAACGCCGUCAGCUGCCUGGCCUCAGAAGUCGAAGUUCACCAGGCGGCUUUCGAAGAAACGAAUAUUCGCGAAGUCGUGGAGGACUGUCUGAAGAUCUUCUCCGCGAAAACAGAGGCUCGCGGACUCCCAGUCUCCUGCACUUUCGGCUCGGGAUGCCCAUCCCUUGCCCUCGUGGACUCGCAGAAACUGAGGACAAUCCUGACAAAAAUUUUGUCUUUCGUCGUUGACCACACUCUGGAGAAGGGGAGAGGCAUCGACGUCUUCGUGAACGCCAGCGCCGCAGCCGCGCGUCCGGGAGACUCGCUGGCAGAAUUUCGGUCCUUCACCAUCCACUUCGAGGUGAAAGGCCACGGCGUGUGCAUGGAGAACCGCGAGGCGCAGGAGCUCGGUCAGCCUAAGAGCCUCCUCAAGCGAUCUGGGCACGGCCUUCGCAUGCUUUGUACGGCGAAGCUGCUGCAGACGAUGGGGGGCUCGAUGCAGAUUCUCUCUUCGCCGUCUCGCGGGACUUUCGUCUCCUUUCAAAUCCGCACGCGUGCGCGCUUCCGCCUGUUGGACUUCCAAAAGGGCUUUCGCGCGUCGCUCGCCGGCGCGCAGCGGCGCAUCCUCGCCCUCGCGCUCUCGCUGGAGACUUCGCGCUGCGUGCAGUUCCUCUGCAACGACGUUGGCCUUCAGUUCGUCUCGUGCUUCUGUCUGAAGCACCUUCAAGAACUCCUGGCCAGCGAAACCAACGUGGCGACGCUCGCUUUCCUCCUCGGCGACUUCGUCGAGCUCUCCGCGGAUCCCGCACACCCUGCCUCGCGCCGGCUGAGCGCGGCGGAGAUCUUUCACUUUGCGAGAGAAGCCGCGGAGGCCCGCACCAGAGCUGCGGAGCGCCCGCCAGUGUUAAACGUCUUCAUUUCGUCCUCAGGCGAUCCGAGCGGAUCAGAGGGAAGCGAAGGAGACACGCUCGCGCAGCCCCUUCCAGAAGACGUAAUCAGGUUGUCUGUGCCGGUGCGAACCGAGGCGCUCAUUCGAGUGUUUGCGAAGGCAACGGAGAGCCUCACCGGCGGCACGGCGUCAGCGGAAGACGAGGACGACGCCGAGGAGGCCGGCGAGAGGGCGUCCUGCGUCCCUGGCGAGCCGUUUCCGUCACGGCCGCAGCUGGGCUCAGUCCGCAAAGAGUUCUCUGGGUCGGCGUCGCCGCGCACGUCUGCGCGCUUCCGCGACUCCAUGGAGCCGCUGGAAGGGACGCGGCGGCAGCGGAGAAGCCCUGAGCCUGCGGGGGAGAAGAAAAAGCGGCAAAGCACCUUCCGCAUCUCAGUCAGCCGCCGGCAGACGCUAGGCGCGCGCGCGCGGUCGACAGCCCGCGAGGCGUCGAUGAUAAGCGAGAAGCACCGCGCGAGGCGCCUGUUCCACACAGUCUUUCGCGGCAAAGACGCCGCUUCCCGCCGAGGCAGCAGCGACUCCGGCGACAAGCCCGCGAGCCUCAGCGAAGACUCGCAAGAAGAAGAUGACUCGGAAGAAGAGGCUGUGGAGGUUUUUCCGCUGCACAACGAGGCGCUGCAGUCCCUGUUCCCCGCUGGGCGUCUCAUCCCUGAUCCGCUCGUCGCCAGCGUGAACGCAGUUGUGCAGGCGAUCAACCAGACGGGAAUAUCCCGACCUGCUGGCGAACUCGCUGAGGCCAUCGCCGCAGCAUCCUUCCAGGGGGACUUGGAGGCUUGCGCAAAGUUCGUGGACGCCUUUGACGGCUCUCUCGCGCUGCUGCGCUACUACCAAGCUCUCCCCCUCUUCAGCGAGACUCGGGCGUCGCAGCGAAAAAAACGCGAAACUGGAAGCUUCUUAGCAGACCCCGAUCCCCACGGAGUCGACCGAACCUGGCGGCCGCAGGCCCGCCGCAGAGAUCCGCUGGUCGCCAUGAAGGCUGUGUCGUCUCUGCACAUCAAAGUUCCUCAGGAGCCCGAAGUUCAAGCCUUCUUCAACUUGGCGUCCAGCUCCCUCUCCUUCGACGACGAGCCUCUGAACAUCCAUCAGGUGCUGAACUGGGACUUUCACGUCUUAAACCUCACGCCAUCUUCGGCGACACGCGUGACCAGAGACCUGCUUCAUCACUUCGCGCUGUCGGCGCAGCUGGAGGUUCCUGGAGAAAUUCUCAUGGGAUUUGCCGUCGCCCUCUACAAAAACUACGAGCCUAAUCCCUACCACAACUUCUUUCAUGCACUCAAUGUCGCACAGAUUCUCUGUCUACUCAUGUCGCUGCCCGACGUGGCGGCGCAGUUCCAGCCGAUCGACUUCUUCGUUCUCUCCGUCGCCGCGUUGGGGCACGACCUCGGUCACCCCGGUGUCAAUAACGUCUUCAUCAACCGAAACAACUGCCUUCCGGCGCGGCUCUAUCAAAAUCUUUCUGUUCUAGAAAACUACCACGCUGCGCUGCUCUUUCAGGUCCUCCGGCAUCCUCGCUUCAACGUCUUUUGUUCGAUUCCGCCGCAGACGUUCUCGACGUACCGAAAGCGCAUCAUCAGCGCGAUUCUAUGGACAGAUAUGGCGAAGCACUUUGGCAUGGUGGCGAAGCUGCAGGAGAAGAUCGCCGGCGAAAUGGUACAGGCAGAAGGCAUCAUCGUGACUCUGCAGAAGCCGUACCUCGAGGGCCUUCUGCUCCACGCCUCGGACAUCUCCAACCCGAUGCUCGCUUUCGAGUUCUCCUACGCCUGGGCUCUCCGCGCAUGCGACGAAUUCAUCCAGCAGAACAAACUUGAACAACAGCUCGGGCAGCCGCCGCACAUGCCAACUUUCGCGGACUUCAACCUGUACAACGUCGCCAAGUGCCAAGUCAACUUCAUAGACUGUAUUUGUAGCCCUCUCUUUGGAAGCCUAGCGCAAAUGUUUCCUGCCCAACUCGGCGACCGCGCGGCAGAGCUUAAACAAAACAGGUACGUGACUGCGUGA